GUUUAGAUGACAGUAGAGGUGGCAGGCUGACAUGCAUCUCUGCCACUGCAGCACCAGACCCCACCAUGCACGAACCAAACCUGUCCAAUUUUGUGAUCACCUGGGAUGAAGACCUCUUCUCCAACUACUCAGAUUACAACAUCAGUGAAGCUGAGCUUGAUAAAAGUGUCGAGAUCUGCUUGGCCACCUCCAUCUCCCCUGCGGUCCACAUUGCCGUGUGUACCUUCUACAUCCUGAUCUUCCUGCUGGCCAUCCCUGGGAACCUGGUCGUAGGGCUGGUCAUCGGCUCCAGAAAGCAGGCUCUCUCGCCGUCCGAUGUGUACCUGCUCAACCUGGCGGCGGCCGACACCCUGCUUGCCCUAACGCUGCCGCUCUGGGCCACGGCGCUGGUGCGAGGCUGGGUGUUCGGCGACUUCACGUGCAAGCUGGUGAGUCUGGUGCAGGAGGUGACCUUCUACAGCAGCAUCCUGUUCCUGGCCUGCAUCAGCGUGGACCGCUACCUCGUGAUCGUGCGCGCCAUGGAGACCAGGAAGCAGAGCAGGAGGCUGUGCAGUGCCGUCAUGUCUGCCGCGAUCUGGGUAGCGGGGGCUGUAUUCGCGCUCCCCGUGCUCUACAACGAGGUCUUUCUCCCCCCGGGGGCGGAGCAGAUGGUGUGCGCGGAGCAGUACGACCCGGUCCAGGCCCAGGCGUGGCGGUUCUCCACCCGGAUGCUCCGCCACACGCUGGGCUUCCUGUUGCCGCUGGCCGUCAUGCUGCUGUGCUACGGGGUGACGGUGGCGCGCCUCCUCCGCACGCGUGGCUUCCAGAAGCAGCGCGCCAUGCGCGUCAUCGUGGCGGUGGUGGCCGCCUUCCUGCUCUGCUGGACCCCCUACCACGUGUCGGUGAUGGCGGACACCCUGAUGAGGGCAAAGCUAGUGAACUUCGGGUGCGGGGCGCGCCGGGCGGUGGACCGGGCCCUGUUCGGCACGCAGAGUCUGGGGCUGCUGCACUGCUGCGUUAACCCCGUGCUGUACGCCUUCAUCGGGGAGAAGUUCCGCAGGAACAUGCUGCUCCUGCUCUGCAGGAAGAAGGUGCGUGAGCGCGGCUCCGGCUCCAGGAUCAGCCGCUCCACCUCCCAGACCUCCGAGGCCAACUCCACCCUCAUGUGACCGAGCAGCGCCUGAGACAGCACUGAGCACACACACACGCUCA